UUCAUAUGAUGUCGCCGUCGUCUGCUUUUAACUCUUAGAUGUUACUUUACUAGUUAGGCAGGCAUGUUUCAUUUAUAAAGUUAGUGGUAGUUGAAAAUGUGUAAUUUUGAGUUGUGGAUAAGUCAAUGAUAAAAUUGUGAUUAUUUCGUCAUCUUGUUUUAAAGGUGCUUAUACUUUGUUGUUGUUUGGGUAUGGAGUUAUAUAUUGUUGGCUAGUUCGGGGUUAUUUAUAUUGUCUUUGUAGUCAUUUGGAAGUAAUAUGAAUUUGCCCUUUCAAGGACUAUUUGCAUGCUGUAGUGGUGUGAUCGCAUGAUGGCUGCCUAUAUAAACCGCACCAUUUCCAUGAUGUCUGGGGAAGGAGCAAAUAUGCGACCUCCCCUAGUAAAUCCUGACCCACGUGUCACUAACUCUCCUCUACAGAUCUUCGUCAAGGCGAAACGAAGAAUCAAUGAUAUAUUCGUUGAAAUUGAUGACUACGUCCAAGACGCUGUCUCUUAUAUGAAGACAAUACAAGAUGACAAAAGCAUAAUUCAGGCUACAGAAGCUGAGGUCAUCAGUGGUUACGUACUGAAGGUGAGGGGGAUCCGUGAUGUGCUCACCAGGGAUCACAUGAAGGUGGCUUUUUUUGGCAGAACAAGCAAUGGCAAGAGUACCGUAAUAAACGCCAUGUUGCGAGAUAAGAUUCUGCCGAGUGGGAUCGGCCACACUACCAAUUGUUUCCUGCAAGUGGAGGGAUCGGACAAUGGAGAGUCGUACCUGAUGACAGAGAACUCGAAGGAGAAACAGAACGUGCAAUCAGUAGGUCACCUCGGACACGCUCUGUGCAAGGAGAAGUUAAAUGAGAGCACACUUGUACGCAUCUUCUGGCCCAGGGACAAGUGUAUACUGCUACGUGACGAUGUGGUCCUGGUGGAUUCUCCGGGGAUAGAUGUCACACCCAACCUUGACGAGUGGAUCGACAAACACUGCCUGGACGCUGAUGUCUUUGUCCUGGUCGCCAACGCCGAGUCCACUUUGAUGGUUACGGAGAAAAACUUUUUCCACAAAGUUUCAACUCGAUUAUCAAAACCGAAUAUAUUCAUUCUGCACAACCGAUGGGACGCUUCAGCCUCAGAGCCAGAGUUUCUUGACCAAGUCCGUGUUCAACACCUUGAAAGAGCCAUAGACUUCUUGGUAAAGGAGCUGAAAGUAUGUUCUCAAAAAGAAGCUCAAGAGCGAAUUUUCUUUGUGUCUGCCAAAGAGGUUCUGCAAGGAAGGCUUCAAGAAGCCAAGGGACUUCCUGCACAUAGUGGUGCUCUUGCGGAAGGUUUUCCCAACCGAUAUUUUGAGUUUCAAGACUUUGAACGUAAAUUUGAAGAAUGUAUAUCAAAAUCAGCCGUUAAAACAAAAUUCGCUCAACAUUCACAGAGAGGAAAGCAUAUUGCUCUGGAAAUAAAAGAAGUUAUGGAGAAAAUAUAUGAAAAAGCUUUAGGUCUCCAAAAGGAAAAAGCUGUCUCAAAAAAAGAAGUUAAUGACAAAUUAAAUUUCACAGAACAACAACUCAUGCUUUUGACGCAGGAGAUGAAGGACAAAAUCCAUCAAAUGGUUGAGGAUGUAGAAGAAAAGGUGUCGAAAGCACUGAGUGAGGAGAUACGACGGUUGGCAGUACUGGUAGACGAGUUCAGCCUGCCAUUCCACCCGGAACCAUUGGUGCUCAAUGUGUACAAGAAGGAGCUCCACACUCACGUGGAGAGUGGACUGGGCAGCAAUCUACGAGCUCGGCUUUCUACUGCUCUCGCCAUGAACAUUGAGGCUAGCCAACGUGAGAUGACAGAACGAAUGGCCAACCUUCUACCAUCUGACAAGAGACAAGUCUCUCUGAACAUUUUGCCACGACGCGAACCUUUCGAGAUUCUGUACCGACUCAACUGCGACAACCUUUGUGCUGACUUUCGAGAAGACUUGCAGUUUCGCUUUUCUUGGGGAAUCACGGCUAUGAUACAGCGUUUCGCCGGCCGAAAGUCACAUCACAUAGCUCUCACCAACUACCCACAAAGGGUUUCCUCGACGUUGCUGUCUCCAGUGGAUGUGGAUCCCCCACAGCCGACCACUCCGCAGCCUUCCUUUCCUCUGCUGCAACCUGAGGACUGGUCUCUCACCUCCCGCAUCGCUCUAGCCUCUAUCGGCUCUCAGGGCACCAUGGGCACUCUGCUCCUCACCGGCCUGAUGCUGAAAACAGUGGGCUGGAGACUUAUACUGGGAUUCGCUGGAAUAUAUGGAUGUCUGUAUUUGUACGAGAGAGUGACAUGGACUAACAAGGCCAAGGAGAGGGCGUUCAAGAAACAGUAUGUGGAUCAUGCUACCAAGAAAUUAAAGCUGAUCGUGGAUCUUACCUCAGCGAACUGUAGUCACCAAGUGCAGCAGGAGCUGAGCAGCACGUUUGCCCGCCUGUGUCACCUAGUGGACGAAGCCACCCAUGAGAUGGACUCGGAGAUAAAAACUCUGGAGCGACAGGUGCGCAUGUUGGAGGAGGCGGCCAACUCUGCCAAGGUUCUCCGCAACAAAGCCACAUACCUCAAUAAGGAACUGCUCAUAUUUGAUGAGACGUACCUCAACAAUCAAGAUUGAUAAACUUCUUCAACCUAAAAUAUUGGUUGUCCAGUUACCUAAGUGGCAGGUGAAAUAUAAUCGGACACCAGACAAGGAAGAUGUUAUUGCAGCUUAUCAACUGUAUAGUGUAUCCAAUGUUUUUGUUUGAAAAUUUUUAAGAAUACAACUAAUUAAUUAAUACAAUAAUUCGUCACAAUGUUAAUAGAUGUUGUAAGAGUAUUGUUUUUAGGUAAUAAUUUGUAAGUAUUUACAUUGUUGUGUACAUUUGUUAAUAAAUUUUCCAAAAUGUUGCUACAAAGAAACUCGCUGUCUUGUUUUAUAUCGAAAAUAUUUUUAGUCCUAAAAGUUAGUCAGCUUUUAUCUUAUGGUUUGAACUGUAAAAGAUCUUAUUUUAAGUACAUCAUAAAAUUUGUACUUAUAAAUUUACUGAAGCCAUUUUUGAAUAACCAACAGUGGUAAUAUGGAGAAUUGUUCUUGUAGUAAUGAAAUUAAAUGUAAUUAUCGUUAUAUUUUUACCGCUUUAUUUUUCUUAAUCUACAGCAGUUGUCAAACUGGUAUCAUAGCACCGUAUAGUUUUUACUGUGGACUGUUUUAUACUGAUUGAAAAUAAGCAUACUCUACUAACCAAUCACAGCCUUUAUUAUAUAUCAUGCUAUUAUAUCUCAAAUAAAAUUAAUGUUGAAUAAUUUUAACAAAAUUCUGGUUAUGUAUGUGAAGAAUAAGUCAUUACUGCCAGAAUACAAUUUUGAUACAUGAUAAAUAGUUAUAAAUAAUAACAUUUAUAAUUGCUGUAUUUAUAAUCACUAACAAUGUUGAAUAUGUGGGUAAUACUUUAUUACUAGAUGGGAAAAAUAGUAUUCAAGAGUUACAAAAUGUAUUUUGGUAGACCAAAGUUGUGUAUUCUUCACAAAACUUUUUCCUGCCUUUCGAGGUAAUUAUUUUAAGACUUUGGCACAAUUAUUUUGUUGUACAAAGCAAUGUGGUGUUUCAAUAUAUCCAAACUUCCACUAAGCUAAUUUAAAAAAGUACUUAGUUUUGGGCCACAGAGAACAUUUUUAUUGUGUUAAUUACCAAAUAAUCGCCCACAUCACAAUUCGACUAUUUUAUCACAUCAAGAUGUUGCCCAGCAAACGGUGAGAUUGGCUUUAAUACUUUUAAAAAGCUUUUAGUUUUACAAAAAUACUAACACUAUUUCAAACAAUUUAUAUGUAGUUUUUAUUUGAUUUUUUAUGUUUUGUAUAUUUCACAAAAUAGAAAAUAUUUAUUCUUGUCAAUCAAUAAUAGAUCACAUUAAAUUUUGGUUACUUUUUAAUUUUUAAAACGCAACAAUAUUUCAUUGGUGAAACCAUUUUAAGAUUUCAUUAACAUAGCACAUCAGCCAUUAUAAAUUAAUUAUUUUGCAUUUUUAACGCUUUAACUUAAUAUUUUCAGUCUGAUAUUAUUGUGAUAGUUUAGUUUAUAUCACUAAUUAAUUGUUUGUAGUACAUCUAGUCAUUAUAUAAAUAAAAUACUUGUAUUUUAAUUCUCUUUAGGAAGCGACUGAUAUUUAAUUGAUUUUGUCACGAUCUUACCUCUGUUAAUUACCACUGUUCAUUAAUGGUACCUGGUAUUGUAUUGUAAAUAAACGUAUUUAAAGUAA